CUGAAGGUGUGCCGAGUGUGUUUUUUCUGAUAGGUAGUUGCAUUACCGCAUACACCUUGGUACGCUGCGCAUAUCCUUGCGUAUAAAAUCACCUGAUAAUUAUCAAAGCGUAAUCGAUCGAAGAAAAACAGGAAUUCCCGGUAUCGAGGUGAUACGCGAUAUUACGAUACGCGUAGCCAUCCUAUCACGACAGGUCUAACCUAAUUGUUACCAGAAUAAAUUAACCAGAAUGAAUUAACGUAGCCGUGUCUUGGCGUGUCGUGCUUUGUGUGCAAUCAAGAGUUUAUCGAGUUCAUUCCGUGGACAUCCGAUAUCAGUGCGAAGUAUCUGAACUCGCAUAAAAUGAACAUCGAGGAGAACAGGCUGAAGACGUUCGAGGAAUGGCCAGCAAACGCCGCGGUCGAUGCGGCGCGAAUCGCAAAAGCGGGCUUUUAUUAUACCGGACAGGGUUUAGAGGUGCAAUGUUUCUUGUGCGGUACGACAAUAACCGAUUGGAACUACGGCGACCAGGCUAUGGCGCGUCAUCGACUGGCACAGCCCGCUUGUCCUUUCGUCGUUAACCCGGUCGAUACCUGUAAUAUACCGUUGGUACCGGCGUCAGCCAGCGACGUGACGGUACCGUCAGUAACAUCAUCGUCGCCAGUCACACGGCAUUCCAACGUUGUCAAGGGUAAACCAGGUGAAGUACAACGGGAUAUCGUUGUGCAGAGUACAAAUUCUUUGAGAGAUUAUGGUACCACUUCGCAAAGAUUACGAUCGUUCGUCCAUUGGCCCAUACCUUCCGUCGUUUCCCCGGAGCAAUUGGCUAAAUCAGGUUUUUACUACCUUCAGUAUAGCGACCUGGUAGAGUGUGUAUAUUGCGGAGGCAUUUUGACGAAAUGGGAAGCUGGCGAUGAUCCAGAUAGUGAACACAGAUUACAUUUUCCAAAUUGUGAUUUCUAUAUGAGAUAUGAAACAGAAGAUGAGGCAUUAGAAUUAGCCAAUGUUACUUUAGUGUCUGGCGCAACAACAGGCAUGACAGAUUUAGGAAUACAAGUACAUACAGCACCUAGCAAUCCAAAGAAUACAACAUACGAAGACAGAUUACGAACUUUUGUAGGAUGGCCUACAGAUCAUAAACAAACACCGGAAAUGUUGUCCGCUUCUGGAUUUUACUACACCGGAACUCAAGAUCAAGUCAGAUGUUUUCAUUGUGAUGGUGGACUACGAAACUGGGAGCCAAUAGAUGACGUAUGGUUCGAACAUGCACGAUGGUUUCCAACAUGUACUUUUGUCAAUCUAGUGCGUGGGCCAGAAUUUGUCAAACACUGUAUAGAUAAUAGACCACCUUUGGAUCCUAAGAUAUUAGGCGAAACACCAGACGAGGAAGGUGAAGAUGUUUUAGAAACUUUAGCAGCUACAUCUCUCCCUACAGUUCCGCAAUCUGCGCAAUCUUUACGUGUGAUAACAGAUUCAGUAAUUGCAAAGUUAUUAGAUACUGCUCCAGUACUGAGUGCACUUGAAAUUGGAUUAUCUGUAGAUAGAGUAAAGAGGACUCUAAAGAAAAGAAUGGAGGAAUAUGGUGUAACUUACACAAGUGCUGAAGAACUUAUACAGGAUGUUCUGAAUGAUCAAACUAUGGAAGAUUAUAAUAGUGGCGCUUCUGACUCAUCAUUUUCGGAAUCGGUUACGUCAGUGGAUCGAGUUGUUGCGCAAAUAGCUCAUGAGGCUACAAGCACGUCCAAUGACACCGAAAAACCCGAUGUAUGUUCCGAGAUGAAUGAUUUGGAUGAUAAAGACGAAGAUAACGAAGGUGAAGAGCGAGAAACUGGCGCAGCCAAAAGUGGUGCCUCCAAAGAUAAAGAGCGGAAAGCCGAUGUAGUCGAUAAACAGGACGAACUCGAGGGGAAGAAGGCGGAUAAAUCCGAUAACAUAACAUUACAAGAGGAGAACAGGAAAUUGAAAGAGGCUCGUUUAUGCAAAAUUUGCAUGGACAAUGAUGUAUCUAUAGUAUUUUUACCCUGUGGACAUUUAGCGACAUGCAUCUUCUGCGCGUCGUCUCUUACAUUCUGUCCGAUGUGUAGAAUAAUGAUACGCGCCAGUGUUCGUACCUUCUUGUCCUAAGUCAAAUUUCAACGCAUUUAUUAGAUUUUAACGUGUUAUCGUGUAUAUACUUUAUAAUGUUUUGGAAAUAUCUUCAUAUAAAUUUUUACUUGCGACAAUAACAUAGGUUAUAUUAGUAACUGUUAGUUAUAUCGAUAUAUAUUCCAAAGUUACCGGUAUAUAGUCCAAAGAUUCUUCAUUGAACACACAUUGGUUGAUUCCGUUAAAUAUAGGAAAGUAAUUUGGGUUUGUUCUUUCUAAAAUAUAUUUAUUUUAACACGUUAACUGCCGCAUUGAUUUUUAUUAAUUGCUCAGAAACUUAAUUAAAAAUUUAAUGAUAUAUAGCAGAUAAAUGCAGUUUUAAACGUAUAUGUUUUUUUUUCUUUUCUUUUUGGUUUCAAAGGUUCAUUCUCUGUCUUACGUCGUACAAUUUUAUUAGAUAUAGUUACAUUUUAUUGUAUAUAUUAACGAGAUGCUUUAAUAUGAUAAUGACAAGUGACCAUUGCUGCAUUCAACGUGUUAAUAAAGAAUUGGACUUUAUUUUG